CUUCACUAAUCAACACACAACAUAGCAAUAGCAAAUGGCAGACCCAACAGCUAUUUACGAGUUUUUCAAGCAGCAGCCCUCAAACGGUGGUGGAAAGAGAGCACCACCACCGUCCUCCGCCGGCGGCACCACACGCACCUUCCAAUGCCACUUCUGCCACCGCAAGUUCUACACCUCCCAAGCCCUCGGCGGCCACCAGAACGCCCACAAGCUUGAGCGCGCCGCCGCGAGAAGAUCCUCCGCCAACGCCAACCUCAACCUCAACGUCGUCCCCCCUGCUGCUACUAACGGGCCCAUGCCCAUGCUGGAGCCCACCGAGCUCUUUUUUCACCACCACCCUCCUUACUGGCUCGAUGUGGAGCCCUUGCAGCACUUUCAUCAUCACCACACUUCUGCACCUCUUUCUUCCUUCCACGCUGCUGCGUCUUCCGUUUCCGCACCUCAACAACAACAACUUCUUCUCUCCGCCGGACACAACAACGUCGUCGACGUCGCUGCUUCUUCCGACCACGUCAACCUCGACCUCACCCUCCGCUUGUGAACAUUAACAUAUUAUGCUUCUC